AUGUCCCUUGCUUCAGGCGCUGGCCCCCAGUUGUUACUCUUUUCUCUAGGAAUGGGGCUGGUAUCAGGGUCCAACUGCCCAGUCAAUUGUCUGUGUCAAGCCCAAGAAGUAUCUUGCACAGGUAUGCAGCUAAUGGAAUACCCACUGAACAUUCCUCUCAACACCCGGAGGCUACUCCUGAGCAAUAACAAAAUCGCUAGCUUACCAGCUCUGCAGCUAGGAUUCCUCAGUGACCUUGUUUACCUGGACUGCCAGAACAACCGGAUUCGAGAGCUAAUGGAUUAUACCUUCAUCGGGGUCUUCAAACUCAUCUACCUUGACCUCAGCUCCAACAACCUAACCUCCAUCUCCCCUUUCAGCUUCUCGGUGCUCACCAACCUGGUGCGGCUGAACAUUUCCAACAACCCUCACCUGUUGUCCCUUGACAAAUACACCUUUGCCAACACCACCUCUCUGAGGUACCUGGACCUCAGGAACACCGGAUUGCGGACCAUUGAUCACGAGGCCUUGCACCACCUGGUGGCACUCCAGACCCUGUAUCUAAGUGGAAACCCCUGGAAGUGCAACUGUUCUUUCCUGAACUUCGCCAUUUACUUAUUAGUGUCCAAAUUGGACCACCCAGAUGGCCAGAACGCCACGUGCACGGAGCCCACUGAGCUGUCAGGGUGGCCCAUCACACGGGUGGGGAACCCUCUCCAGUACAUGUGCAUCACACACCUGGACCACCAAGACUACAUCUUCCUACUGCUCAUCGGCUUUUGCAUCUUCGCUGCCGGCACCGUGGCUGCCUGGCUCACAGGUGUGUGUGCUGUGCUAUACCAGAAUGCCCAUCGAAAGUCGAGUGGCGAUGACGCUGAAGAUGAGUCUGGGAAUCGGGUCACCGACCAGAUUUUUCGAAGCAACUCUUACUUCGGCCAGAGCCGAUUCCCUCAGCUGACCUAG